AUGAGGGGUAGAUCCUCUAAGCAGGAAACUAAAGAAGGAAUGGAAAUUAAUAAACUUAGUAAGCUGAAGGAAGAGCCUCAUCUCUCUGGUGCUUAUAUACGUAGCCUUGUGAAACAAUUAACCUCAUCAAGAACCAAAGAUCCCAUGAAUCCCAAAGACCAUAGCUCUGCUGAUAGUGAUGGUUUCUCUGGCCAAAAUAUGGCCAAUUUUAGUGAAGGUUUAAGUGAAAACCAACAAAACCAACAAAACCAGCAACCCCAACAACCUCAACAACACAAAAAACAGGUUAGGAGGAGACUGCAUACCAGUAGGCCUUACCAAGAAAGGCUUCUUAACAUGGCGGAGGCUAGAAGAGAGAUUGUCACUGCUCUAAAGUUUCACAGGGCAGCUAUGAAACAAGCCAAUGAACAACAACAACAUCAACAGAAAAAUCAACAAGAAGAAGAGCAGCAGCAACAACAACAACCAUCAUCGCUGCCCGUGCAGCUUUCACCCCCUCUGUGUUUUGAACAAGAAGGAAAAAUAAAAUCUAGGAGAAAUCCAAGAAUAUACCCAUCAAACACUACCGAUUUCUCUAAUUAUCUAGACAACUUUUCCUACACACCUUUCACUCCUCCUCCUUGUCCUCCUCCUCCAUACCCGUUUUCCUGGCCUAAUUCGUCAAUUCGUGCUCCAACUAUCGCUGAAAACCUCAAUUUUCCCCUUCCUAACCAAACCUUAGGCCUAAACCUCAAUUUUCAUGAUUUUAACAACAUAGAUACCACUCUUUACCACAACAGCGACAACCCACCAUCGGUGCACUCAUCCUCAUCUCCUUCAUCGUCUUCUUUUCCUUCUUCUUCCUUUGCCAACGAAGAGAUUCCUUCAGUUACAAAAACAUGUGAAGGAGUUCCACCUGCAGCAUUUGAUGUAACUGACUCUUACAGUGGAGACGGCUUACAUCAAGUGAUGGAUGAUGAGGAGAUGGCAGAGAUCAGAUCGAUUGGAGAAAAACAUCAAAUGGAAUGGAAUGAUACCAUGAAUUUGGUAACAUCAGCAUGGUGGUUCAAGUUCAUGAAAACUAUGGAGCUUGAUCCUGAAGUAAAGACAGAGGAUGAUGGCUGCCAUCCUUUUGAACAGGUCAUGGAAUUCCCAGCCUGGUUGAAUGCAAAUGAUGGCUGUUUGCAACAACAUUUCAAUGAUCACUGCUCCCAAGACUAUUUCCGUGAUCCUGCCUUGCCUUGCAUGGACAUUGGAGAAAUUGAAGGACUUGAUGGGGAGUGGCUAGCUUGA